UUUCGUCCUUUUUUGUCAAGAUGAUUAGCGAAUGCGUGCGAAUUUGCGCGUUCUCUUUUUAUCUCAGAAGAAAUAUGACAGUUACGUUUUUGAAAUUAGCUUCGAUGCGUUUCGGCUUUGCGCUAGUAUGAAUUGAACAUAAAGUUCGCGUUGUGCGUUGCUGCGCCUGGUCACAGAGUUCCAUUAUUUCAGGGACCCCCCGUUACUUUUGUCCCGUUCGGUCUCUCGGUGUCCUUGGUUAUUCGGGGGACGUUUUGAACGCGGUAUUUAUACUCUGUCGUGUGCGAUAUAUUUUGGCGGACAAAAGCCCCUCGUCUGCGCAGGCCAUAAUACUCUUCUUUAGGCUCUUUGCAUAGUUACGUCACUGUCUAAAUCUCAAGUGUAUCUCAAGUUGACAGUGUUUGGUUAGGUAUAUACAAAAAAAAAUUAAAUUUUUAUAACUACAAAAUGACUGAAAAUGAAAAUCGUCAAAGAAAUUCUACAGAAACUAUUCUCACUUUUGCAAACAGAAGUAUCAGCGAGUGGUCUACGGUGCUGUCGACGACCCACGUUCCGGGUAUGGACGCAGCGAUGGGCGGGGACGGAAGCUCGCGGCGCACGCGUGGCCGGCGUCGUCUACGCGCGGGCACGUUUGCGCUGGGCUCCCUACUCGCGAUGCACUGCAGGAUUACCGCGUCCGCCAUCUCUGGAGGCUUCUUCGUAUUCAUAAUGUUUUUGGUCGCGGCAGUUGCAUUCCUCGCAAAUCCUCUGCGCCACUUUGAAAUUUAUCUUGGGCAGUGGAGUAUCAGCGGUCCUGGCCGCGCUUUCCGUAUGGUGCCUAUGUUUGAUGGUAUCGGCAUAGCCAUUUGUAUAAAUGCUAUAAUCAGAGCUAUAGUUUGUUGCACUAUGGCAUCAAUGACAGCGGUGUACGUGCUGCACUCUGUAUCUGACUCGCGACUACCAUUUACGUAUUGCAGGGAUUUCGAUUUAAUAUCUUACGAACCUACGAUGCAAGAAGUAAAAGGUCUAAGGGACUUAGAGAACGUGGAAUCCGUUACUAUCGCACCAGCGACGGUCGGGCUAAAUGAAAUAGCCUGGAGGAAUGUCUCAUCCACGUCCCUUAAUAAUUUGAAAAAACUUGAGCUUACACGUCAUAUCGCAAUGUGCAAAGAAGUUUACAAUGGUUCGUAUCCGCCUUUUUUCGGAACUCCUGCAUAUAAUUUUUUCUUCGUGGAAGUGGUGCAUUUGCAGCCCGAUCUAUCUGUGAAAAAUUUUAAUGUCGCAUUGAUGGUAUGCCUUAUAAUCGCCUGGCUCUCUUUGUGGGGAGUUAUGAUUAGUGAAAAAAUUUCACACGGUAGAUUGAUUUGGAAUAACAUGUACUCGUGUUUUGUGGUGGUGCCAUGGAUAUGGGCGAUACUCUUGAUGCUGACAGCAAUCCUUAACAUCCCAUCGAUGCAACACGUACUGCAAAAAACUUUUCAUCUCGAAACCAUGGAUAUAGUUUCUGCUGCAGGUGAUGCUUUGGAAGUGGCGAUGUAUACCCAUUCGGCGAGCGUAGGCACAGAAAUUAUUCUUGGAAAAGGCCUCAACCAUUAUGCAGCCGGACAUAUAGAUCCUAAUUUGAACCCUGAGAACGUGUGGCACUCUGGAUUGGUGUUACUGCUUGCAGUAUUGAAUUCGAUCAGUUCGGAUUUUUGUGCAAUCGCCGAUUUAAUGCAAGUUACUACACAGGAGGCACAUGUUUUACAUGAAAGCACUUUAUGGAUUAUACCUAUGUAUUCAAAGUGUACAUCGACUGGGUCCUAUUCUCACUUGCUAUCGACGCUUAUAUUUGCUGGUUUGACGUUUUCCUACUUGGUCGUAGCAUACACGUUACUCAAGACAGCACUUCAUAUAAUAUUUGAAUAUAAAGUUAAACUAGUGUUCAUUGAGCAAUCAAUUGUUGGCAUCCUAAUUGUGACUUGCAUGGUAUUAAGUUUGAUUGUAGUUUUAAUAGGAGGCAUAGCAAUGUUAGAAAGCUUAGAUGCCGUCAUGACGGGAUUGGCGAUGCCGCUGCUCUGUUUCCAAGAACUAGUCGUGAUGCUGUGGGUCUACCGCAGUCACGACUUCGUGUCAGAUAUGAACAUUGCUACGGAAGAGAACGCCUGCCCCACUCGCAUCGGAACCCAGUGGCAAAUUAUACCUUUCAUAGUGUUGCUUACAUUCAUAUUGAAAGUAACAGUGCUUACUAUGACUGAAUUGCCGCACCGCCAUUUGAAUUGGGCGCUUUUACCGUUAGCUGCUGUUGUUGUAGCGGUACCUGUGAGAGCCAUCAGUAAUGCUUACAAUUUCUUUGGGUCCUCAAAAUAAACAAGUAAGAGCUAUGUCCCAGUUAAAAUAUACAGUAGCACAAGAACUUGGAACUAAUUUUAUGCAUAAUAUGCAUCUCUUUCUAACGUUGCAAGUUAAUUUUUUCGGAAGACGAAAAUAUUUUUGCCAAAUGUUGUUGGUUAAAAGGUAAACACAACGAGCCAUUGUGAUACUGGUUGUUACCAGCGAAAUAACACGAGUUCAUAACAAGAACUUUUCAAAUCUACAAACAACGAAUAGGAUAGGAUAUCUUCAUUGAAUUGGUGCCUACACGAAUUUAAUUUGGCACCUGUCGGAGUCAACGAAGAAUGUCAAUGUAACCUAUUGUAAUGUAAUUGAAAAUUUUAGGGAAAUCUAAAUAAAAAGACUACUGAUUGAAAAUAGAUGUUUAUUAU